AUGGGCUCAAUAUGUUCCAAAUCUAGCCAUACGACUGGCGAGCACCAAGUGUUGGGUUCCACGACGGGUGGAGGCGCUGCGAAGCCCUCAGAUCCCCGUGCAGCUGCUCUGGCCGCUGCCGAAGCCCGGGCGAAGGCAGCAGAGCAACGUGGGGUAAACCGGAAUAAUCCGAACGCUGGCAAGUUAGCUGCCCAAGCCAAUAAGCCCGCCAAGGUUACUCCCGAGCCGCGUCAGGAGGAGCGUUUAGUGUGGGACUGAUCUAUUAUGAAUCACUGGGCUGUCUUCCCCAGCAGCAGUGACAGUACAGUAGUAUUCAUAUCAGGGGAUACCGUCUCUCAAUGCAUAGCUUAUUCGCCGG